AUGCGCACUAUCGUAUCGAUGCUGCCCUCCCGCCCCGCUCCGGAGCACGCUGCUUGGGGCUUCAAAAUGGUUGACCGACAGAGGAGCGUCGGUGCGGACAAGCUGAGAGAGCACGACGAUGGGCAGAGCUUGUUGGGCCGCACGGAUUCAGACGCCGCCACUUGCGGCUGCAUUCCCGUCAUGCGCGCCGUGGCCGCGCGGGAUGUCGCGAGGCACGCUGGCACCGAAGGCGGCGCAACAGACGGCGACGCGAGAGACGGCGAAUCGUCUCACGCUCGGACGCCGGAUUUCGAACCCGCGGUUUCAUCAGAUUGCGCGGCGCCGCGAGACGCGGCGGAUACAGGAACAGACAGCGCAUCGGGCAGUUCUGACUCGCCUCGAAGCGCGCGGCUCCCCACUGUUGCCGCGUCCGCGUUUGCGGAUUCACCGCGCGCGCGACCGCAGCCGUCGGAUGAUCCGCCGAGGAAUGCCGCGGAGAUCGAUGGGUGCUCUGUGGGCGUCACUCUCGAGCCGCCUUCGCACGACGCAUCGGUUGCCGCGGAGCCGAAGCCGCCCGUGGCGAAGCUCCCUCGAACGUCCAUUGCCGAGCUCUCUGUCACGGCGUACAGUUACAUCAGCCACCAAACGUUCCUCUUCCUCUUUCUCCCUCCCCUCUCUUCUCCCCUCUGUCGCUUCCCAUCCAUCCAGCUCUCCGUCACGGCGUACAGCUACAUCAGCCACCGCGCGUUCGUGCGAGAGCUGCUCUGCUCCUGCUGCUCGCGCCACGCAGCCACCUGCGCUGCUCGCACCGGCCGUCACUGUAGCGGAUGUGACUGUAACGGCAGCGGCAGCUCGAGGCACGGCGGCAGCAGCAGCAGCUUGGCGGGCUGGGCGGACGUGGCUUUGGAGCGAGUGAGCAUCGUGGCACAUCUGACCACUUUCUCCAUCAUUGGGAUCGCGGUGCAGCACGGCAUGGACCUGCUGUUUGGCCCGGAGGUGGCGCACGUGACGAGCGACGAGCAGGCCAUCUUCAUUGACCUACCCGCCAACAUGGUGAGCGCAGAAGCACAAGCACAAAGCGCCACAGGCUGCGCUGGACACACCUCUCCUCGCCGCCUCACCAUUCGCCUCAACUCGUCGCCUCACCGCGUCAAAAGGUCGGUCCAGCUUCCCUGUCUUCUGGGCUGCUUCCUGCUGGGCAUGCUGGGGGUGGUGUUCCUGCCGGCGCUGCUUGCGCACUCGCGUCACCUGGCAAUAGGGCUGGUGGUGGGGCUGUGUGGGAGCAUAUCCACCUUCGCCACGUGGAACCAGCGUAUGCUCGCCAUCGCCACUGCCGGCCUCUGGGUCCGCGCCCUCUUCGGCUAUUUUGCAGCAACCCACCUCGGCUCCAUGAAAGCAACCGCUUUCGCGAUUCCAAAAGUUCCACCUUCCCCCCCUUGCUUUUCUUCCCUGCUCCUUCUCCCAUCCAACAGGUUCCGUGCUGCCCAUCAUCUCCCUUGUCGCAGGGGCAGACACCGCCCACAACCUCUGCUCUCUCCACUCCUACCUCUCCCCCCGCUCCCCGUCCCCACACUCCUCCCCCUCCCCUUCUCUCCUCCCAUCCUCAAACCCCACACCUCCACCUUCCUCCUCUUCUUCCUGUCGCCCAUCCCCCUCACAUCCCACCUCCCCGCCCCUCUCCCCAUCAUCACGCGCCCGCCGCCACGUCAUCCCCAUGCUCUUGUGUGCGCUUGUCCUCUGGGCGGCGGCAAUCGCGGGGGCCGUGCUGGCCGCCGCACACAGCGCCAGCCUGCAGGCCUUCUGCCUCGCCUGCGCGCUCGCCCCACUCGGCACCUGCCUGCGCUGGUCCCUGCUGCCGCUCAACGGGGCUGGCCUUGGGCUGUGGUUCCAAAGGGCGAUUGGGAGGGGAAGGGAGCGAGUGGAGAGGACCGGAGGGGGGGUGGAGAGAAGCGGAAGUGGGAGGAGGGUGCGGGUGCAGCUGCAUGGAUGCCGUGGGGGACCCUGACCGCCAACGUGGGGGCUGCUGCUUUGGAAGCUGUGAUUUCAGUGGCAUAUCUCGCGGCCAAGUCACAUACAUCGCAAGUCAUCGUGGGAGGAGUGCAGCUAGGGUUUCUCACAGGGCUCAGCACAGUGUCAAUGUUGUCUCUUGAGAUUCUCUACUUCCACUACACCCUUGGGACCCCAUGGCGCUCGUACGUGUACCUCCUCAGUACCAUUUUGCCUUCGUUUCUUAUUGGCAUCUUAGUUUACUCUGUCCCUGUCUGGGUUAUGGCCCUCGCGACGCUCGUCGCAGCGCUCGCCGUCCUUGCUCCCGCGAGCGCCACCACGUACCGGUCCACGUUCAGCGAUGGAAUUAAUUCCGGCGGCGGCGCGUGCUUCUACGAGGGCAACUUCCGCGACUCGGAAUAUUUCUACAAAGGGCUGACCGCGUACCUGCCCCAAAAUAAGUACGACGGCGGCAAGGGCUGCGGCACGUGCUACGAGAUCGAGUGCAAGAACCACAAGAGCUGCCGAAGCGGCAGCGUGAUCGUGCGCGCGACCGGCCGGCACGGCGACGACCAGUUCCUGCUCGCCUCCACCGCAUGGGACAAAAUCGUCCGCGGCCGCGACGCGGGGUACGUGGAGAUUAAGUUCCGCAGCGUCGACUGCCCGAAGAACGGCGAUAUCGGAGUGAAAAUCAUGCCCGGGACGAACCAGUACUGGUUCGCGGUCCAGAUUCUGGGCGCCGCGAAAGCCGGCGGCGUGGAGGGCGUUGAGCUAUCUAAGGACGGCAAGAAAUGGAGCAAGAUGAAGCGACUCGCGGAGAGCGCCACGUGGGCCUUGGAUCCCGCGAAGGAGAUCGUGGAUGCGGGGAAGAAGGUGAGCGUGCGCGUCACGGCGGUGGGCGGCGCGCGCGUGGAGCUGAAAGACGUCAUUCCCGAAAAGUGGACCGUUGGGAACACGUACAAGAGCAGCACCAACUUCUAG